UUAUUAACUUUUCAACCCGAGUCGUCGGUUAAACAAGUCGCAGUCACAGCUCAUCAUGCCACGUAUGAAGUCUUUUUUUCGAGCGGGACAGGGGUCUCGCACAGCUAAAGACAAAAAAGAAAAGGAAACGACAGAUCGCUUACCCCAUGACGCCUCUGUUAAAAGUUUAACAGUCUAUGGCGAUUCUGCAUCACCAGAACCACUUAUCCGAAAGUGCCACACAGUGCUUGCAUUAUCCUCAACUACGGGUAACGCUGCCCAAACGCAGCUUGUAAAAGACAAAAAAGGAAGCAAAUUAGAUUUCCUCAGACGCAUGUCACCAUCUAAAUCAGCUGUAUUUGCAUCUAAUAAGAUGAUUAUUGCAAAGUCUCCCUCUGCUAUAUCAGACUUGCGACGCCUUAGAAAGGACUCUAGCAUGUUGUUCCCUCAGGUAGAAUUAGAAGGUGAAGGUAGUGGGUGUUCACGAUGUACUUCUGCUGCCUCAGUGACGUCUAGACGCUUCUCGGGUCUUGCUCAGGAUACAGUCUUCUGUAAACUCUGCCUCUCCGAUGUCUCCAUUAGGGAAAUGUACCAGUUGCAACAGUGCAUGUGCCGAUUCUGCAAAUAUUGCAUGGCUGUAUAUGUUGCACUCAAAAUACGUGAGGGUGACUAUAUCAUUGAAUGCCCUGAUGCGAAUUGCGAUUGUAGUGGGGAGCUCACCCUGGAAGAGAUGGAGAAUUUGGUGGGCAAUGAGCUUUACAACUUCACCUGA